CUUCAUAUGAUAUUUUAUUUUGAUUUUACAAAAGUUCCUGAAGCAAAAAUUUAAGAUUUAUUUAAACUAUUAGGUAUUCGUAUCAUCAAAUAAAAUCGCUAAAAAUUUAACAGGGAUUCAAGAGUUACCAAUGGUAUAAUAAAUAAUUUUACUACUUGAAAAAAGCUCCUCUUACUUCACUCAGAGGUUCAUGUUAAAAUCAAAAAGAAAACAAUACGUACAUUAUAUAUGUACAUAUGUAUAUUCACAUAAAAUGUAAGUAUUUUUAAAAUAACUUUCCUUCAACUUAAUUGCAUUCUGAUUGCUGUCAGCACGAUUAUUUCGGAGUAUAAUCAAAACAAAUGUUCAUUAUGGAGUACAACGAUGUUAUCCAUGGAAUCAUUAAUAUUCCAAAUCACAUUCACAAUAUCAUUCAAACGCCACAUUUCCAAAGACUAAAAAAAAUUAAACAACUUGGCUUAGCUUGUAAAACUCUUCCACAAGCAAAUAAUAAUCGUUUUGAACAUUGUAUUGGGACUUAUUAUUUAGCUGACAAAACAAUAGAUGCACUAGAGAAGAAUACCAAAGAUCUUAUGAUACCUGAUUUUUAUAGAAAAGUUGUAACAAUAGCUGCUCUGCUACACGACAUUGGUCAUGGUCCAUUUUCUCAUACGUGGGAAUACAUUUGCUGUGAAAAGUACCAUCACGAAGAGAAUGCUUGUGCAUUCAUAGAUGCAAUAUUUGAAAUUUGCCCCAUAGAUUGGAGUGAAGAUAGAGCUUAUGCCAUAGAAUUGAUUAAAGCUCUUAUUGUAGGCGAUCAUAAAUUCCUUCGAGAUAAAAAAUAUCGUUUUCUAUUCGAUAUUGUAAAUAAUAAAAAUUGCGAUGUAGAUGUUGAUAAAUGGGAUUAUUUGCAACGAGAUUAUUUUUACACAUCACAAAUUCAGACUCCUGAAGUACAUCUGGAUUUUGAAGACGUUUUUUUAAAGGCUCGAGUAAGUGAUGAUAGAUCACGUAUUGAGUACCGUUAUUGUGAUUUUCGUAAGAUUUAUAACAUCUUCGAUGUGAGAACUAAAUUUCACAUACACAUCUAUCGGAGACCAAUUAAUAUUUGUAUGGAAAAAAUAUUAAAAUAUGUUAUGACUUUAUGUGAGGAUGAUUUACAACGAAUAAAUGGAUUGAAAAUAACAGACAUUCGAAGUCAAGAUGUGGAGGCUUUUCUUAAAUUGAACGACGAUGAAGUUUGGAAAAGCUUGAAACGAAUAAAAGAACCGGAAGAAAUUGUUCAACUUAUAAACUGCUUAGAUAAUGUUGGCCUCUACCAAAUACAUCCCGAGACGGACGAUGAAAAGCGCUCGAUUGCAGAUCACAUGAGAGCUGAGAUUCAAAUACCCAAUGCUGGAGAAUCAUUUAAAAGUGAAAAUAUUAUAUUUUACGGAAAUGCAGCAGAAAAACCUACAUUCGAACAAGAAAAAGGAUUCCAUCAAAGUGUUACUUAUUAUAAAAUGAUUUCAGUUUCAACUUAAUUUAUGAUAAAUUAAUUAAAAAUAAACUCAAUUCGAAUAAAACACUGUGAAAAUAUACGAUACUUACAAAGAUUAUCUUUUAGCCAUGUCACUUAUGUCAUAAUCGUUUAUCUUGUCAAACCUUUAUAAAAUGAAAUAACAUAUUAUUAUUUAUGAUUUAUCAAUAGUAAUUUAAUUUGAUAUUGUUUAUGUACUUUAAUAGUUAUAUUCAGUUAUUCAGUUAUU